UCCGGCGGGUUCACAUUCAAGUGAGGAGCUUUCGAUCAGCAUCAGACGAACGCGCAGGACUUGCUCCACCAUGAAGGCGCUCGAUGACACAUGCCAGAAACGCAGAGCUCGGACUCAGCAUCGUUAGGAAGGCAAAACUAAAUACUUGUGCUGACUCGUCUUGGGCGCUCUGGUUUCUGACCCCGCCGUCUCCCGGCAACACCCCGGCGCCGCUGAGUCUCCCCGCCUGCCUACCCAAGUAAACCGCCAAACGCGGUGACGACCACGUAGGCCACUGCCGGGGCCAACAGGCCGACCCGCGCGCCGUUCGCCGCCGCCGCCGCGGGCAAGGCGCCAGCAGCGGCAGCGGCUGCGGCGGCGGCAGUGGAAGCCGCGGCUAGGGCAGCCUGGCCCUCGCCCGCGCCAGCCAGCCAGAGACGGCCGCAAGGCCAGCCAGGGCGGCCUCCGUCGGGGGCCCGCGCGAAACGGCCGCGGCGGCGGUUGCCGCGGCAGCCGCGGCGAGCGCGCGGGGCGGCCCAAAGCCGCCGCCGCCGCCGUCGGCGCCCGCCGCCGGCAGGGCCCAGGCAGCAGCGGCGCACCAGCCGCAGGCAGGGGGCCACCUCCUGCUGGGGUCGCCGCCGCCGGGGUGCCAGCGGCAGCAGCAGCGGCAGCCUGGACCGCGUUGGCGGCGCCAGCGGCGCCACCAUGACGGCGCACGCGGGCGGCGCUGACAUGCCCGGAAGCAGCGCCCGGGGCGCCCGCGGGGGCGAGAGCGCGUGCAGCCCAGCCCGCUCCGACCGCCCAGGGGGGCGUCAGCAGCGAGGACCGAAGCGGCGGCGCCAGCCGCGCCAGAAGCGUUCGCAGCAGCAGGCGCGCCGCCGAGAGCGGCCACGCCCGUCGCGCCAGCAGCACCAGCCGCACGUCAGAGAGCCCCGGCGGGCCCGCGACGACCAGGGCGCCGGCGGCGGCGGCAGCCAAGCGGCGGCCAGCAGCAGCACGGGCAUGCCGCCGCCGCCGCGCCGCGGCGGUCUACAUCAUGCCGCGGCCCGAACGCCGCACCUGAGCCAAGGGCGCGCUUGAGCCAAACUA